AGCAAUUUAGUCCAAAGGUUUCAAAUCCUUUCAAAUUAGUCCUCUAUGUUUGUGAAUUUAAUCAAGUCGGUCCUUCAUGUUUCGAAUUUAAUCAAGUUAGUCCCUUAACUUCUUGUUUAUGUUAUUGUGCAUGCAUGUCUUUAAGUUAUUAGAGUGUCAUGCCCCUUUGCACACACUCACCCUCAUUUUGCAUUAGAUCCUUGUUGGAGGUGAACCCGAUCUCUAGUCAGGAGUCCUUAUGAAUCUAGCUUGGAAAAGCAAUUCUUCCCGCUUUGAGGAGUAAGAAUGGCUCCUGUUAGGUUAUUUCCAUUGGUUAAUACGACACUUGAUGAUGCUAAGGAGUCAAUCUUUUCAGUCAAUACCUCCAAACCUGAUUUGAAGCUGCUGAAAGAGGCUUAUGACUUGUUGUCCUCUAGAGAGAAGCAUGACUUUGAGGUUCGAUUUGGGUGCAUCGGGGAUCUAUUGUUAGUGGUGUCGAAUUGGAACUUGUUCCGAGCUAUGUUGAAAUUCUAUGUCCCUCAAUAUCAAGCUUUUGUGUUCCCACACUUUGAGUUGGUGCCCACCAUUGGUGAGUAUCAUCACUUCCUACAGUGUAGUCCUGCGAUGGAUUCUUCUACCUUCACUCCUCAAGCACAACAUCUGAAGUUCACACUAGAAAAAGUUCAAGAAAUGUUGCAAGCUAUAUGGGGGUUUCCAUUUGAAUUCUCACAACCAUUGAAUCAACUUUGGGCAUUGAGAGUUUAUGGCAUGGUGAUUUUCCCUAUCUAUGUCAAGACCAUUGCACCUAUGGUGGUAGCUUUGUUUGAGCAGUUAUUGUACACUUCAGCAUUUAAUCCUACUUCUACAGUGGUGGCUAACACUUUGUGGUCUAUGGAACAAAUCCGGGCUAAAAGAUCCGGCCGCUUCUCAGGUUGCAUUGAGUUGUUCACUACAUGGGCACACGAUCACUUGAAGGGUCCUCAAUUUGAAGCUUUAUUCAACGUUCCUGUGAAAGAUAGAAAGACGAAGGAUUGGCAUCAAUCACUUCUAGUAGCAACUAUUAAUGAUGUCGGAUUUGUUCUCUCGACUUGGAAUGCUACUCAUUAUCUUGCUCCACCCAAAGGACAUCACUCUAUUCCUUUGUUGGGUAUUCAUGGAGGGGUUACAUAUUCAGUGGAGUUGGCAUCUCGUCAGUUUGGAAAAGCACAAAGCGUUCCUUAUCUUGAUGAUGCAUCGCAGUCACAUUUUGAUUACAUGUCUUCCCCAUCAAUUAUAUCCGAAGCACAUGAGAUGUGGGAGAAAUGUAGGAUGCUACCUAUAUGGAAAGAGAAUGGGACUAGACCACAAUAUGAGCAAUGGAGAUUGAGUUGGAUAGCUAAGCUUUCUUUGCCAUGGCAGGUGAUAAAUACGAAAAACUCUACCAUCAUGGACUUAACCACUAGGUUGGAACUUAGCCAUGCUCAAAGAUGUCAGUUGCUAGAAAAAUAUGAUGAGUUAGCUCUUGAUCAUGAAUUGCUUAAAAGAGGGAAGGAGUUGUCUGAUCAGCAAGUGGCAAGGUUGAAAGACAAGAGUGCCUCUUUAGAAAGGGAUUUGGCUGCUAGCAAGGAAAUUUGUGGGAAGCAAAAAAGGAGUUUGGAGUUUGCCGAAGAACAACAAAAAAAGCUGCUAUAGGUAAAGGUAGAUCUUAAGGCAAAAGAAAAAGAGAACAAAGAGCUUGUGGAGAAAGUGAUUAAACAAGCAGCAAGAGUUGAAAGGAAAGGUGAUAAAGUGGAGAAAUUCUU